GAGUGAGGCGCGCUGCGCGUCCCCGCCGCUCCCAGGCCACGGAGCGUCCUUGGAAUCUCCCGUUUAACCGGGAUUAUCACGAAUUUUCCGCCCGCUCCGCGCUAAACCACACUGCGAAGGCUGAGUGGCGCUGCGGUGUCCGGGAGAGCAGCGGAAAAGCAUCCGUGAGGCGGUGCGCUUCCCCUCAGGGCCGCGCUCCCCUCACGGCUGUGGGCAGGGGGCAGCGAGCGCGGCCGCGGUUUUUUUCCAUGGCUGCCGCAGUCGUGUGGCGCCGCGGGGCCGCCUGGCUCAGGAGCUGCCGAGGGAAGGUCCUGCGGCGCGGAGGGAGCCCGGAGCCCCGCGGUGUGCCCCGGGCCAGGGGCUAUGCUGGCUCCCGGGAGGUGGUGCCGACCUGCGAGCGGUACGCGGUGCGCAGGCUGCCCUUCGGCCGGCUGGCGGACGGCGAUGUGGCCUUCUUCGAGCGCCUCCUGCCCGGCAGGGUGGUCACCGGCGAGGAGGAGGUGAAGCCGUUUAAUGUGGACUGGCUGAAGUCGGUGCGAGGCUGCAGCCAGCUGGUGUUGAAGCCCCAGACAACAGCAGAGGUGUCUCAGAUUCUCAGGUACUGCCAUGAGAGGAACCUGGCAGUGAGCCCUCAGGGAGGAAACACAGGCCUUGUUGGGGGCAGCGUUCCUGUCUUUGACGAGAUCAUUCUUUCCACUGCUCUCAUGAACCAGAUCAUCAGCUUUGACAAGGUGUCUGGAAUCCUUGUGUGCCAGGCAGGCUGUGUGUUGGAGAGGCUCAGUGAGUACUUGGAGGAGCAGGGGUUCAUCAUGCCACUCGACCUGGGGGCCAAAGGCAGCUGCCACAUCGGGGGGAACGUGGCCACCAAUGCCGGGGGCCUGCGGCUCUUGAGAUAUGGCUCUCUGCGAGGGACCGUGCUGGGCCUGGAAGUGGUGCUGGCUGAUGGCUCAGCUCUGGACUGCCUGACCUCUCUGCGCAAAGAUAACACGGGCUAUGACCUGAAGCAGCUCUUCAUCGGAUCCGAGGGGACCUUGGGAGUUAUCACUGCUGUCUCCAUACUCUGUCCUCAGAAACCUAAGGCUGUGAAUGUGGCAUUCCUAGGGUGUCAGAGUUUUGCCAAGGUUCUGGAAACAUUCACAACCUGCAGAGCCAUGCUGGGCGAGAUCCUGUCUGCCUACGAGUUCAUGGAUGAGAAGUGCAUGGAAUUGGUUGAGACACAUCUCAAGCUGUCCAGCCCAGUGGCAGACAGCCCUUUUUAUGUUUUAAUUGAAACUUCGGGCUCCAACUCAGCUCACGAUGAAGAGAAAUUGAACAGCUUCCUAGAACGGGCCAUGGCUUCUGGUUUGGUGACCGAUGGAACUGUGGCAACAGAUGAUAAGAAAAUAAAGGUGCUGUGGAGCCUGCGGGAGAGAAUCACCGAGGCCCUCACUCACGAGGGUUAUGUGUACAAGUAUGACAUCUCCCUGCCCGUGGGAAAGCUCUAUGACCUUGUGACUGACACGAGGGCUCGGCUGGGCCAGAGUGCCAAAAAUGUGGUGGGCUAUGGCCACUUGGGAGAUGGGAACUUGCACUUGAACAUCACAGCAGAGUCCUACAGCCACUCCCUGCUGGAUGCCAUCGAGCCCUUCGUGUAUGAGUGGACUGCGAGAUGCAGUGGGAGCAUCAGUGCAGAGCACGGGCUGGGCUUCAAGAAGAGGCAGUUCAUUGAGUACAGCAAACCACGUGAGGCAGUGGUGCUCAUGCAGCAGUUCAAAGCCAUGCUGGACCCCAAAGGGAUCCUCAACCCCUACAAGACACUGCCUGAGAGGAGCACAUGCUGAGGAGGCAGCAGAGCAAGGCAGCUCCAGCUCUGUACCUGCACUUGGGCCAUAAGCACCCUGGAUCAGCAAGAACAUGGAGUGCUCCAUGUUUGAUUUUGUUGGGGGGAUGGAACAAGUAAAGGAAUGUGGUUGCUCUUUUUGGGGUGCCUGCUCUUGCUGAAGAACACAUUGCUGGGUUUCCUACUUAGUCUGAACACUGAAACCAAGCACAGAGAUACUGUGUGUGUAUGAGUGUCACAACUCUCUCUCCCCUUGGGUUUGCUCUCAUUUAUCAGUGACAGCAGCCAAUGGAGGCAUUUUCUCACUUGGGCUGUGCAAGUGAAGCAUCAGAGACACAGGAGAACCUGUGGAUAAAAGUCUUCCAAGUGAA